CGCGUACGGCACGGCGAUUUCGACAAUCAUUUUGGAAGCAGCCCGGUUGCUGCGUUUUGGAGUUAUAUACUUUAUUGUGAUUGCGGUGCUGAUCAGUCGUUUCUUAAGAACAGUUUUUGACAUUUUCUUUAAGGCCUCACUGUGCGCUGCUAGGUAAAGUAAUUAGUCGUAAGGCCUCGAUUCCUAGCCUGCAUGAGGCGAUAUUUCCCGGACAUGGCUGGUGGGACGACUGCGGCACAAACAAGAGCACCGUACAUGUCCAGCUUUUCCUUGCAUGAUCGUGUGUUGUGCGGCAUGCCAGAGCUGGUGCUGUACCGGCGCGCGGUGCGGGCACUCAGCGGCAGCAUGGCGCGGCGACCGUCCAGUCGCGGCCCGAUCGACACCUACCUGGAGCACCUGGGCCUGUACCGGCUCAAGGUGCCGCCGCAGGAGCCGCUCUUCCGUAUCGUCUCUGAACAGCUAUGUUUUACACAAACGGAGUAUCCGAGAUUCAAGAAGAUGACGUGCCAAAGACUUCUUUUGACUCCGGAGAAGUACUCUCAGCACACCGCCGAGCCCAUGGAGGAGCACGUGUUGAAGCUGCGCGAGGGGCGCACCGCCGCGGGCCUGGCUGAGAUGCUGGCUCUGGCUGAUAUUACACGGCACGACUUCUGGCUAUACAGUGAGAUCGACCAGCCGCCUACAAAUGUGACGUGUCGCGGAUUUAGUCAGCGUAUCCAGGUGGCUGGCGGCGACUCGAGCCACUACGACCUGGUCAUCAGCAAACAGGAGGCCACCGACCGCGCCAUGGGACAGUCGAUGGUGUAUCACACGCUCUAUACAAACGUCUACAACCUCCACAACGUGGAGCACGCCGUCGACAAGAUGCUCUAUGACAAAGAGUACGCCCGAACGCGCAAGGAGAGCCUGUGCAGUCAGGACGGCGCGCUGGCCGCCAUCAUUGGCAAGAUGUCCGACUCGCCCGAGCACGAGACGUCGAGUGGGAGCGGCGGUCUGUACGCCACAUCGGACGAGGAGCCCUGUGACGUCAUGGACAUCCUGGACCGCAACAUGGUGCCGUUCCCGUACAAGACGGCCAAGGCGCUGGACGGCACGCACUACCGCAACCUGCCGCAGGACGUCUGGACCGAGCUGGUCAAAGAGCGUCGUCGGGAGCAGCAGCGGCCCGACUGUAACGGCUUUCUGGCCGGCAUCAAGUGUCUGGUGGAGCUGGGCCAGGUGCUGCCGGCUGACGAGCUGGCGCAGCUCGAGUCGGAGGCGCGGCCAGAGUACCGGCACCUCUCCGAGACGGGCUCCACGCUGUACGUGGCGCACAUCCAGGAGAUGUCGCCCAACCAGGGACCCGUCUGCUGCUUCGUCGAGCCGCUCGGAAGAAAGCUAACGGUGCCGUACGCCAGCCUGCGGCCGCUCUGCUCCACGCCCGUACCCUGUCCAGUGUCACCAUCGCCGGGCAGUGCGCGCGCCAGGACACCGGGUCGCCGUCGCUCCCGUCACAGCACUUCUGAGCGCUCGUCGUGCGGCGAUCGUCACCUCUCACACACAGACUCGUCCUGUAGCACGCCACAGGAGCUGGCCUGGUCGGCGCCCAGCUACAUGAUGAGCGAGCCUCCUGCCGGCCUCAUGUCCCCGGUGGCACUGCCGGGGACCUGCGACCUGUCGGCCAUGGUACACCAGCCGCCGCAGCAGUACGGAGUCCAGCUCGUCGGAUCACCUGUCUUCCCUCCGCAGUACAUGCCGGCCACGUCGGCGGCCGGCCUGGAGCCGCGGCUGCAGGCGCUGGCGCUGGCCGGGCCGCGGCCCACCGAGCAGCCGCCCGUCGGGCCGGUCAUCAUGUCUCCGGCGGUGCACGGCCAGGAGCCGGCCGGCGAGCCGCCGCCGCCGCCGCUGCCGCCGCUCUACCCGGGCUGGCAGCUGGUGGCCGGGCCGGGCGGCGGGCCGCCGGUGCUGGUCCAGUCGCCGCCGGCCGCCGUCAGCAGUCCGCAGACCCCGUACGGUCCCCCGCUCUACCAGACGCCGCCGCACCUCACCCAGCCGGGCUUCUACGGGUACGCCAUGCCCGGGCCGUACGAGCAGCAGCAGCAACAGCAGCAGCAGCAGCAGUACGCGCACCAGCAGCAGGCGGCUCAGGCGCCGCCGCCGCCGCGGGCGCCGGGCGCGGCCGGCGGCCGGGGGCCGGGCCUGUACCCGCUGGAGGUGAUGUCGCCGCCCGGGCCGCAGAUGUUCGCCGUCUCAGAGCCGGCCGACACGGGCGGCGCCUUCUACAGCCCCGGCUCGGCCGAGGAGUCCGGCUACCGCUCCCGCAACGCCUCGCACUCGUCCAGCAACUCGGUGGACGGCUCAGUUGGCGACAUGAACUCGCCGCAUGGCCGCAACGGCGGUAUGCGCCGUGGCCGGCCCGCCGUUCGGCCGCCCAAGGCCGCACAGCCAGCUCGCAACCUGCCUCCGCGUCUCAGCAAGUUUGUGGGCGCCGGUGCGGCGGCGGCGCCGGCGCCCCCGCCGCAGCCGCCGCCGCCGGGCGCCGGCGCGCUCCUGUACGCCGUGGCGCCGCCGUUCUUCUACCCGCCGGACGGCGGCGGCGAGCGGAUGGUUCUGGCCGAGAACGGCAGCUACUACCUGGCGCCGCCGCCGCCGCCGGCCGCCGCCGGCUACUACUACGUGCCGCCGCAGUACCCGUACCCGGGCCAGGGCCAGUAGGCGGCGUCCACUGCGCUCGCUCGGACACCCCGCCGCCGGCGGGGCGGGACGCGCACACAUCAUGCUAUUCUAUUCUAGAGGUUUUGGGUGCUCGUGGGUGGGACACGGAUCAUGACGUCCGAGCUUCGUGAAGCAGCCGGGCCUUGCCCGAGUACUCAGGUGCCUGUGAGAGAGCGGGGUUCGCAACCGUCGCCGACUGCCCGCUGCAACACGGAGCGGCCGUCGCUGCCGCCGCCGCCGCCGGGAAUGGCAGGACAGGUCCCUUUCAGCGUAUGCCAAGGUAUGGAAAUUCUAUCGACUGAUCAGAAACGGCCUCUGGUGCCCAAAUUAAGACAUUUGUCACCGCUCUAUAUUUUAUGAUAUUCUCAUGGGAAAAGUUUUACAAGUUUCUUGGCUUCAGCAGUUCUACAUUUUAUGCAGCUUUCGGACCGUUUUAGCCGUUCAGUAUUUGACCUGACAUUGAAGUACUGUUGACGAUGGGCUGUAAGCGGGGUCGUUGGUUCCACGUACCGCUGCGCGAUCCGGUGGCGGCCCUCGCCUCCGACGGGAGUCUGGCCGCCAAUCGGCCGUUUAUCUCUGACCGAGUGUUCGCCAUGCCGCCGAGUCACGUAUUUAUUGCGUGUUGGUUGAUUCGCCGGUUUGCUGUUGAACUUUUGUGGGCGUAUGUCGAUCAUGUGACCGAUUGGGAAGUGCUGCGGGCGCCGGCCGAAAUGGUGCCUUAUUGAAACUAUCGAUAUCCCCUCCCCCGAAAGGUGGUAUAGAAGGGAAACAUGGCGACCGGUUUAAUGGGAUGUUAAUAUGCUCUCGGUUCUAUGGUUAUCCUAUGCGCUCUCCUCUUACUUAUUUUAAGUCCAACUGGCGCAAGUAGAGCUCUUUCGGCUAGUUUUCCUGCCUGCUGGAGAGCCAUAAUUUAAUGUAAAUUUAGAGUACAGCUAGUGUACAGGCCGUAUGUGGCCGGCCGGAACGUUUGUCUGUUGUUGUUUUGGCACGCCCAUGUCGGCGAUUCUGCUCAAGCAGCGCGUGGGGCUGGGGAUUUGCCCAACUCAGUGCGCGGAACUGAGUUCGCCCAACUCAGCGUGUGGGGCUGGGGCGCCCGACUCGGCGCUGGGACGGGUCGCAGCGGUGCCCGGUGUCGGUCAGCGGACCGGCGCCGGCGCGGUGACCCGGCGCUCUCGGCUGCUCACCAUUGAUCAGUGUGGCGGCGCCGGCGCGGCGGUCGCUGUGUCGACGGCGACGGCCGCUGCCGGCGGCUUCCUACCUCAGAAUGGCGGAGGAGCGGCGCCAGCGCGUGCGUGGCUGUGCUUGUGUCGGGCCUGUCCUUCGCCACACCGUUCCCGUAUGGUCGGUACUUCCGAGAGAGAGACUGUUGUUCCUUUGUUUUGUAGCUCUUUAGAAGCAAGCAUUUACGUUCUCUUGGCGUUCGUGCGCGCUCCGCAUGUGUAUUUGGGGACGGAGCGAGCGCGGUGUCUUGAAGCCCAGGGCCGACUGUUCGGCGACCGUAUGUGCAUGUGGCGCGGCCCCGGUCCCGGCCGGAGGGCCGAGCCACGGGUGGCUGGGCGCGCCGGUCGGCGGUGGGCCGGGCGCGGCGUGCGAGCUGUGACUUGGUGACAACUGAGCGGCGGUGAUGCCAGGCUGUAAGUGGUGUGGUGUGGUGUGUGACGGCGCUGGCUGUUGGAUGGACGCCCGGUGCCGCCAGGCCGGCUCGUCAGUGCCGCAAUAAACUAGUGUUUUCCACUUGA